CAUCUCGUGCAACAUAUACAUACCACUUGAACAGAACUUUUGACACAUAACCUACCUACUUGAAAUAAUUUAGGGUUUGUUUGCAGUCUCAAAAAAUGGAUUUAGCUAAAAUGUCCAACGACAAAAAGUUGUAUUUGUGUAAAUGGUAUUUUAAAGUUGGUUUUGCAUUCUUACCAUUUCUAUGGAUGGUCAAUGCCAUUUGGUUCUUUACAGAGGCUUUUCGGAAACCGAAAUAUGAAGAACAGCAGCAAAUAAAGCGAUACGUUAUAUUUUCCACUAUUGGCAGUGUUAUUUGGGCCAUUAUCAUACUGUCGUGGGUGAUCGCCUUCCAAGUAAAUCGAGCAAGUUGGGGAGAAUUUGCCGACAAUAUAUCAUUUAUUAUUCCACUGGGAGUACCCUAGUAAUAUUAAAAUAAUUUAUUAUACAGUAUAUACAAUAUAUAUAUAUAUAAAUGCCACACAUUUAAAAUAUAUUUGAGUCCUUUUAAAAUGGAUUGCUAAUAAAUAGAAAUAUCACAUUA